CUCAUCUAUUCCCUCUCCUUUCAAUGAAGCCAAUCCAUAAUUCCGUAUCCCUACACUUCUAGAUACUUACUACCACCCCCUCCCAAGUUCCCUCAACCUCCAUAUACCAAACCCCAUCAUGAUCCACGCUCCCCAAAAAUACCACCACCACUCCAGCCAUGAACAUCCACCACCACCACCACCACCACCACCACUACCAACCACAAACAUCCUCGGAACCUGGUACAUCACACGAUCCUCCAGUCCCUUCUGGAGCGACAAACGCAACCCCACAAUCACACUAACCGCCGACACCACCACCAACACUCCACCAGACACUCUACCCCUAAGCGCGCUCUCCCAAGCCACUACAACCUCACCCGCCCCCAUCCUCACAAACAAGACAUCCUACCAAACGCUAUCCUCUUCCUCAGUCAAGACCACAACCGGAACGGACCGAGCUAUAUCAGCCGGAAAACAGCAUGGUCCGAUUCAGAUGGAGUGGCGGGGUAGCGGAUGGCUGCGGAUGGUGAGUGCGCAGUGGGAGAUUCUGGGAUGGGGCGGAGCAGACAAUGACGAGUGGCUGCUUGUCUUUGCUAAUAAGUCGAUGUUCACGCCGGCGGGGAUAAGCUUGUAUUCUAGGAGGAAAGCGGGCGUUGAUGAGUUGGUGUGGGCUGGGAUUGAGGUGGAGUUGAGAGGGCUUGUGGAGAGGUAUCCUGCGGAGGGGGAGUUGAGGGAGCUGGUGACGGGGAUGGAGGUGGUGAGGUUUGAUUGAGGGGUUGGUAGUAAACCAAACCAAGGAAGUUUUGCUGCUUUAGUGGAGGUUACGCUUUGUUGCUAGUUAAUACUUUGAUGGAGGGCUAGAGUGACGGGUAUCGUAUAUUGCGUUUAUCUAUGGCUAAGAGUAUGGAGCAGAUGAGUAUGUUUAAAGUCGUUAUUCGUAUAUUAUGUAAUAAUUAUAGAAAUGAAAGUCACUU